GGUCAAUCAAUCAGUCAUUCGUCCCAACUUUCCUUUCUUCUUGUCCCGAAAGCAUUUCUUUCAUAGAAUGACUUGCCCAUAGGUCGUAAUGCUACGAAGAAGUUAUUUGAUCUGGAACUUUGCACACUUGGAACCCGAUACUGAGGAAGAAUGAAUUGUCGGGUUGGAUUUGUAGGGUGUUGACACGCUUUUUCGACCGUAGUGCUGAAGAAAAUUUGCCGUUAACAAAAUCACAUUCCUCCUGUUUCACCGUCAAAUACUCCACCGUAUCACCUCCGUUCAGGUUAAAUCUUUAAUUAUCUUUUAAAUGGGGAGCAAAGGUCGAAUUCCGCCUCCUCAUCAUCUAAGACGUCCCCUUCCUGGGGGUGGUAUAAUGCAUCCUGAUCCAUUUGGUCCAGGAGUACAUGGCCCUCCGCCUGGCCCCUUUCCUGCAUUUGACAUGUUACCACCACCAGAAGUUUUGGAACAGAAACUUGCUGGCCAACAGGUAGAGAUUCAAAGACUUGCAACUGAGAACCAAAGGCUAGCUGCUACGCAUGUAACGCUGAGACAGGAACUUGCUGCUGCGCAGCAGGAGUUGCAGAUGUUACAUAACGAUAUAGGUGUUUUGAAGGCUGAAAGAGAACAACAAAUGAGGGGACUCAUGGAUAAAAUUGCAAAGAUGGAAACUGAGUUAAAAGCUGCAGAACCUGUUAGAUCAGAGUUGCAGCAAGCUCGGACAGAGGCUGAAAAAUUGGUUGUAGCAAGACAGGAACUUAUGACUAAAGUGCAUCAGUUGACACAGGAUCUUCAUAGGGCUCAUGCAGAUGUGCAGCAGAUUCCUAUUCUGAUUUCGGAACUUGACAGUCUCAGACAGGAAUAUCAGCGAUGCAGGGUUUCAUUUGACUAUGAGAAAAAAUUAUUCAGUGAUCACCGUGAGUCACUUCAGGUCAUGGAGAAUAAUUAUGUUACAAUGGCUAGGGAAGUGGAAAAGCUUCAUUUGGAACUUACUAACACGUCUAACGUUGAUAUAAGAACAGUUACUGGAGGGCCUUAUGGUGGUGCCACUGGGAACAAUGAGAAUGAGACUUCUAGUCGUUCCGUAGGAGAAAAUAAGUAUGAAGAUAGCUAUGGUGUUUCCCAGAGCCAGCAGGGACAUACUCCCAUUCCUGGUAACUCUGGUUCUGCUGCUGCUACUGCUGCUGGCAGUGCUAGUACGGGUGCUAAAGCUGGAACUGGUGCUGGUACUCCUACUUAUACUGGAGCUCAAUCUGGCUCUGCGUCCACAAGAUCUGCUUAUGAUACACCUAGGGGCCCUAAUUAUGAGGCAACAAAAGGGCCAUCUUAUGAUGUAUCAAGAGGAUCUGGCUAUGAUUUAUCAAGAGGAGCUGCCUAUGAUGCUCAAAGAGGACACAGUUAUGACGCUCAGAGAGGACCUGGAUAUAAUAUGCAGAGAGGACCUAGCUAUGAUGCACAACAAAGAGUACCUGGUUAUGAUGUCCAAAGAAUACCUGGUUAUGCACCGAGAACGCCAGGUUAUGAUGUGCAACAAGGACCUCAUUAUGAUGCAUCCAGGGUUGCUGGCUAUGAUCCAGCGGCAAGAGGCACUGCUGUGCCGCCACAUGGACAAAUGACACCAGCAAACAAUGUGCCUUAUGGGUCCGCAACACCAUCAACUCGUGCUGUAAGUGGAUACGAAGCACAAGCUCGAGGUGGAAACCCUGUUAGGAGAUGAGCAUUUACGGCGUUGUACCUGUUGAGCAUCUACUUAUUUGUUUCCAAUUUUAUAAUUGAGUUGGCCUCUUUGCAGCUGCACAGUUUAUGUAGCAAUGCUGCAGUUACUGAGCACCCCUUUCUUCCCUGAUCCUCAAGCUGUAGGUAAAUUGAUUGUCCAAUUGUAUCCACAUGCUGUUAACUUUCCCUGUUCGAGCAGUUUUGCUGCUGCUACUACAUUCUUUUAUGUAUCUGGUGUGAGGUCGGAUUUUGAGACAAUUGGCAGCUAAAUUGCCUAUAAUUGAGUUGGAUUAUUUGAUAAAGAAUUUACAGUUACUGGGAAGUUGAAAUUA